AGUGUUUGAAUAUUUUGUACGGUCUCCUUCGCGGUUGUCUUUUGAGAUAUCACGCGAUGCUCUUCCUCCACCCCCCUCUUAUCUCUCUUCCCUUUCAAAUAAAGAAGACGAGCGUUGCGUGACAAUUCAGAGAAGACGAGAAGCAUUGUUCGCGCCAGCCGGAAUAACUACCCCCCGUUUAUAGGCCCUCUUGACACCCUUUACGAAGUAGUGUAUGCCCAGGGCUGACAAGCGCUAGUUAACGGUAUAUGUUUUUUUUUUUUUAUGGGAAAUGGUUGUGAGACAGGUGUUAAGCGCAUGAAACGUUUGUACACCAGAGAUUCAGUAUUUUACAAGGUUUAAUUUACAGUCAAAUUAUAGAGUAAAGGGGGUUUCAAUGGAGUGAUAAAAUUUUGGCCAAUUUACGGCAAAGGUUAAUACCUUUCAACCAGAAAUGUUUUUACAGUUAACUUUUUUUACAACAUACGGCUUAAUGUCUUGGUCACUUUACGGGUAAUGGUUAACCCCUAUUAACUAUUAAAAGGCAGGCCUUUUCUAAUAAACUGAAGAGUAAAUAUUUGUUUUGUGGAAAGUCCAAUCUAAACCAAAAUAAAUUCAACCUUUGCCCUCUGUACUACAUUGUACAAUAUUUGCCGACUAGUUUAUUAACUACUGUGCAAGUGGUAGAAACGAGAAUUACAGUUGAAGUAUCAAAAAACGUAAAGUCUCUUCACCCCUCCCCCCUCGGUGAGUUGAAACAGAAUCCAUAUGACCUUAGCUAGAUCAUUUCUCUUGAGAGGGGACAGGUAAGCGGGGAACAAGUGAGUGAAUUACUCUCCUAAUAUUCGAAAAGAAGUUACAGGAUCUGAAGACAGUUUCAGAAUGUCUCUGGGUUCUCAAGUGCUGUUCUCUUUCGAGGGAGCAAACUGGAGACAUCUCGAGCGUGUUCGUUAAUAUUUGCUUAAUUUUGUGUCCUUUUGAAAACAAAAAUUUCACCUUGAAUGACCUUUUUUGGCUGACAACAUCGCCCAUCCACUCCCCUACUGGACCACUCAUCAUGCGCGAUUCUUGACAACCCUUGCGUGAAGCUGUCACAGCUAAGCUUCUCAAGUGAGUUUGGUGCUCUAAUUACAUUUAUUAGGAGCAAGAUCUUGAAUUUCAUCGUCUUGACGUGAAAGCAAGCUCUUGAGAAAUGAUAAGCAGAACGGCUUUACGCCUUUUCCUCGGUCGUCAUAGCACCCGCCGGUCAGCGUACUCUACUAAAACGGCUCAUAAAAUUGGAAUCAUCGGCUUAGGAAAUGUCGGCUCAACAGUCGCAAAGAACCUUCUUAAGUCAGGUUUCACAGUGUCCGCCUUACUCGACAAGGAUCCAAAAGUGGGGCAAGAUCUACCUGGGGAUAUACCACGCCCAAAGACACCACGUGAGCUGGCUGCCAUGUGUGACGUAGUCACAACAGCUCUCCCUGCCCCACCCCAUGUUAAACAAGUCCUGUUGGGAGAGGACGGGGUAUUGGCAGGGCUGCGGUCAGGAGGGGUAUGGAUUGACCAUUCAACCACGGAUUAUCAGCAGACUUUGGACCUUACUGCAGAAGCUGCUAAGAAAGGCAUCAAAGUUCUUGAGGCGCCCGUCACAGGAGGUAUGGCUCUUCUCAAGCAAGGUAAAAUGACUGUACUGGUCGGAGGAGACAGGCAACUCUUCGAAGACUGCCUUCCUAUUCUACAACAGAGCGGUAAGAAAGUGCUGUACAUGGGAGCGAUGGGGAGUGCUACCAUUGCAAAGGUUGUCUCUAACAUGAUAGCUGCUGUUAAUGUCGUUACCAUGACCGAAGCCAUGUUACUGGGGAAAAGGGGCGGUGUCGAUUUAAAAUCCCUUUUUGAUGCCAUUAGAUUUAGCGCUGGAAAUACGUAUACGUGGGAGACGGAAGCUCCUUUGGUAUUUAAUGGAACGUACGAUCCAGAUUUCACCAUUGGGCUCCACUGCAAGGACUUGAAUCUUGGGUACCAGCUCGGACGUAAGUUUAAUGUCCCCAUACAGAUACUAGCCCACGCAGAACAGAUCUACAACCGCGCCCUUUACAAGUUUGGGGAUGAGGUAGGCUCAACGUCUCCUGCAAAGCUUCUGCAAGACGAAUUAGAAGAAACUUUGCAGGUUGAAGGAUUCGAGGAUUGGACGUAUACUAUUGAACAUGUUGAAGACUCCAUGGCCGUUGUGCACACAACAAAAGAGAAGGUUUACGGACAGAAGUAAGCACAGUCAAUGUGCUGUUCAACAAAGUGGAAACUCUGACAAUUCAAUAAUUUUUUUCUCUGUAUAACGUUAGCUCGCUUGGUAUUUUGAGCAUAAAAUAAAUUUUGUAAAGGUUUGAA